GGGGUGGGGGGCUCUUCUUAGUGCAACAACAAAGCUGCUGUGUUUUGAAGCCCGGGAGCCUCCCCCACAUCGCCUCUCCUGGUUCCUUUACUCUGCGCCCCCCCCUCCACCCCGCGGAGGGUGGGGCGAAGCGAGUACCCUUUUGUACACACGCACGCACGCCCUCGCACACAGGCAAUGCUUUUUCCACUCGGAACACCCGGGCUGGGGAGCCCCGCCACAAUCUGAACCUUGCCUCGUGAGGAGGAGCUUUCUCCCCACGCCGCCGCCGCCGCCCCCAGCUCGAGAGCGCUGAUCCUCGCUCCCCUCCUCUGCCCUGAAAGCGCCCCCGGCCGCCUCUUUGGUGGGAAGAGUCCAGACAGUGCAAGCCAUGCUGUAGCAGGGGGCCUGUGGGGAGGGUGAGGGCGGGCAGGGCAGGGAAAGAGGCUUCGGAGGGAGCAAAGCAUCUCUGCGGACUGGGAGACGCUGUCAUGCUGGCCGGGCUGCUCUUCCAGGCUGCUUGGGUGGCUGUGCUCCUUCACGGCACUCAGGGGAGAGCCUACACGGGAAGGAGGAAGCUUGCCAACUUCGCCGCAGAGAGGCGUCGCAUUGGACCACAUAUUUGUCUCUCUGGUUUUGGAAGUGGGUGCUGUCCUGGAUGGAUACCAUCUCCAGGGAGUGGACAAUGCACUCUGCCACUCUGUUCCUUUGGCUGUGGCAGCGGCUUCUGCAUAGCUCCCAAUGUCUGUGCCUGCCGAGACGGAAGGCAGGGUGUCACCUGUCAAGACCCGCCUGGAGCCUGUGGGGAGUAUGGCUGUGAUCUCACCUGCAAUCAUGGGGGCUGCCAGGAGGUGGCAAGAGUGUGCCCUCUGGGAUUCUCUAUGACUGAAACAACUAAUGGUGUACGUUGUGUGGAUAUUGAUGAGUGCCUGAGUGGUUCCUGCGAGGGGCUUUGUGUGAACACAGAAGGGGGCUUUGUGUGUGAAUGUGGCCCAGGGAUGCAACUUGCGACUGACCGGCACAGUUGUCAAGAUACUGAUGAGUGCCUAACAACACCUUGCCAGCAGCACUGCCAAAACAGUAUCGGCAGCUAUCAAUGUUCCUGUCAUCCUGGAUUCUACCUUCACGGCAACCGACAUUCAUGUGUGGCCUCUAGCACCCUGCGUCUGUCUGGUACAGAUGUGAAUGAAUGCCGCCGACUCAGUGAGAAGCGAACCUGCCAACAUUCCUGCCACAAUACAUUGGGGAGUUUUAUGUGCAGCUGUCAUCCAGGCUACCGACUCAGUGUGGACAGAUUGUCUUGUGAAGGUUUUUCAAAGUCCAGCCUGGCCCCUUCUUCUAUUUUGCAGUCUCUUCAACAGCCACAGACUCUGCUACGCCUUUCUCCAGAAUCCAUAGGACCCGUAUUGCCGCCCAGGGGUUCCCCAGCACUUGCUCCCUCCAGUGUACCUGGAACCCCAUCUCCUUUCCUGCUCCUUCCCAUUCUCUCUGUGCUUCCACCUGCAUCUUCCCCCACUUCCUCAUCUCCUCCCCACAGCUCCUCUUUUGGCACCUCCUUCUGGCCCAGAACAGCCAGGCCUUCUCUACCAAUAAGUCCUCUGUCACCACUGCUACCAAAGAAGGUUAGCCCAUCUCUUCCCCCAAGCCCUUUGACUCCCUCAAUUCCCACCCUGCCAUCUGCCUGCUGGCAUGGAGGGGUUCUUCAUGAAGAUAACAGCUACUGGAUAGAGCCACCAUGUCUGAAUUGCUCCUGUGAGGGUGGACAAGUGUUUUGUCGAGCUGUGACGUGUGAAGUUUCCUGCUCUCACCCAAUUCUCCCAGCCCAGGGAGAGUGCUGUCCUACUUGCACAGGCUGUUUCUAUUAUGGGAUGUCCAGAGUUGAAGGGGACGUAUUCUCUCUCUCUGAGGAGAACUGCACAGUCUGUGUCUGCCUGGCAGGCAACAUUUCCUGUAUUUCUCCAGAAUGUACACCCAGUCCAUGUCCCAGUUCUGUUCAGACAGACUGUUGUCCCUGCCAGCCAGCAGAAUGUCAUUUCCGUGGGCAAAUAUACACAGAAGGGUCCAAGUUCAACCCAGAUGGUGAUAACUGUACCACUUGUGUGUGCAGACAAGGUGAAGUGGAGUGCUCCUUCAUUCCAUGCCCUACCCCGGGAUGUCCCCAUGAGGACUGGCUGUUGGCUCCAGGACAGUGCUGCUUCACCUGCCGGAAGACUGCACUCAUGACAGGUUGCUUUAUAGAUGAUAAUGGAAUUGAAUUUCCAGUAGGACAGCUCUGGUCACCGGGUGAUCCCUGUGAGUUAUGCAUCUGCCAGGCAGAUGGUUCAGUGAGCUGUAAGAGGACAGAUUGUUUGGAGAUGUGUCCUCAUCCAAUCCAAAUCCCUGGACAAUGCUGUCCAGAUUGUUCAGCAGGUUUUUAUACAGGCCAUCUGGCUCAAGUAGACCAAGUAAAUACGUUUUUCCCUUUCACAACAAAAGGUUGUACCUAUGCAGGGAAGAUCUUCUAUAACAAUGAAACCUUCCCCUCUGUCUUGGACCCGUGUCUAAGUUGCAUUUGUUUGCUGGGCUCUGUAGCCUGUUCUCCUGUGGACUGUGUCGUAUCCUGUACAUACCCUUUCCAUCCAGAGGGCGAGUGCUGUCCAAUUUGUCAUGACUGCAAUUACAAGGGAAGAAAAGUAAUCAAUGGACACAACUUUGUUCCUGAAGAUGAACCCUGUGUUUAUUGUACCUGCCAGCUUGGGGAGGUGAGCUGUGAGAAGAAGACUUGUCCAAAGACUUGUACAGAGCCCUUUGGUCCUAUAAUUCAUUGCUGCCCAGACUGCCAAAAUAAUGAAGUCAUGGAUGAUUUGGCUUCCCUGGAGAAUAGACUAGCCAGCCCUGUCUUGGAAGAUGGAGCAGCAGAGACACCCUUGCAAAAUCUUCAAAGAGGUCCUAUAGCCCUGGUGUCUGAUAGCUCUACCCCUAACAUUGCCUCACUUACUCCAGAGGAUCAUCUUGAAGCAAGUAAUGCAAAUGAUCAGAAGACUGUGCUUACGAACCCAAUUGCACUAGGGAAUGUUGGACUCCACCAAAACAGACCAGGAGAGACCACUAGGUUGCAUGUCAAUGAACCACCAAGUAUCAUCCCUCCUUCUUGGCUAGGCCACUCAGCAAUUCCUCAAAUAAAACCGGAGUCCAUUGUACCAUUUCUAAAUAAUCCAGAGAGCUUUGGAGAUCCUCCUAGCAAAUCAGCUGGGUCCUCCAUGACUCAUUCCAGCCUGUCUUCUCUUUAUUUAAGAACAAGCAGAACCACUGCAUCCCCCCCUGCUGCUCAUACUUCUGUUCCAUCCACUCCAGCUAAUCUCGAAAAGUCUAUAAUGGCCUUAUUUCAGCGUUCGAACAUUCAUAACCUUCUUUUGCAACCUCUGGCUGAAACAUUUUCUUCUUCAGCCAGUUCUAAUCUAGAUUCUUUUCAAGAGCUUCCUAGUAGCCCAACCCACAUAACACAUUUUUCUUUGCGCCACCUAAAUGUAGGGAACAACUCUAAAUUAACCUCUAGUGAUGAGAAUAGCCUCACUGAUAUAUCUCCAUAGAUUGGAGAUUAUUUUGAAUAAGAGGAACAUAACCACUUUAAUCUCAUAAAAACAAGAGCAUCUGCCUAUAUGGUUGCUGUUUGCUAGAUUUCCCACUACGUAUUCAUGGCAAUAAUCACUUUCUGGCUUCCUAGAAAGCAGGUCCUCACUUCAGCUCUUGAUUGCAUUGAAGUUCUUACUUAACUAAUACCUCAUUGGAUUUAGAAGACAAUAGAAAAAUGGCUUUUAUUUGCAAAAUCAGUAUAAACAUUCCAGUAAAGCAUUAAGAUUUCAGAAUGGAAGCAUGACAAGUAGUAGAAUCAUAGGCUAAUUCAACCUCUUGUUUUGCAUGUUGUGUGGCUGGCCUAAUGCUAGCAAGGGAAGCAACAAUUUGUGCCAGAAGUCACAUAAUAAAUUUUUUCACACUUUGUCUAAUAUAGACAUUCUGUUGCUGCUUACUGUCUUAUAUGGACAUUUCAGGACUGAUUAUACAUAUUGAAGAAAUGUGGUUAGCUUUCCAUGAAGUCAGAAAUGAACUAAACAUUGUUUUAUAGACAAUGUACUGCAUACUGGUAUGUACAACACUGCGCUGCAUACUGGUAUGUACAACACUAUUUUAAUAGUGGAAAAUUUCCACUUCCUUGUUCUGGUGUAUAUAGAAUUCUGCAAUUCAGAUUAUAAUAUGAAAUAUAUUUUAUGAACAUUAAAAUCAUAGCAUCAUACCUAAAGGUAAAUGUAUUUUUCUAUGUCAUAGUUAAAAGUACAUUUCCAAGCUAAGCUUAUGAGAAUUUUGUUUAACAUUUCUUGGGUGAAAUUUGCCAGCCACUAAAGUCUUCAGGAAUAUUCAGUUUUCGAAAGGCUUUGAAAAUCAUGUGCAGCCCAUUCAUAAAAUAGGCAGCAUGACUGAAUUUUGUCAACUACCUCAAAGGGGUGUUUUGUAAGGGCAUAUCAACUUUUGAUAAUUGAAACUAAAAAGACUGCUGUUGUUUUCCUCCAUUUCAGUCUCUGGGAAUUCUAAUUUUGUGAGAUGUUCAGUAAGUCUUCAUUGGAUAAUCAUUUAUGUAACUUACGUGCUUCCUAAAAUUUAAUAACCAGCAUCAUUGUUCCUCAGUAGCCUUGGGUCUGAUGUAAAUGUGCAGGAUUAUGUACUGUACUAGAGCAGUGCAGUGCUUCAGUUUCAAAGCCACAAUGGUGCUGUGUCUCCAUAAAGCAACUGCAUCUUUUCCCUGUAUCACGUGACUAUCCUUUGCAGCUGUAAUAGUGUGUUAUUGGGAAAAGAUGCAUUUGUUCUAGAGCACCCUUUUGCCUUUGAAUCCAAAGGGCAGCACAGCCACAUGAAAUAUAACUUUGGACACACCCAGUGGCAAUUUGAAAAGUGAUUAGAAAUAUAUCCACAGUUCUUCCUUCGCUGGCUGGCUCAACUUCCUUGAGGCAGGUAGAGCCCAUCUAUCUUCAACUCUAGCUUCUGGCUUCUAAGCCUUAAUCAUUACUCAGAAAGGGCAUUCUUCUCUGCAAUUUUUAAAAAUCCAGAAAGUACAAUUUUUGAAAAUCCAGAAAGUGCAAAAACAGUAGUAGCUGGACAGGCAAAUCCACGUAUUAACUGUAGGAGUCUGAAGUGUUUGAUACAUUAUGCCACAGACAUUCUGACUGACUUUGCUAAGGUUCUCAAACUGAUUCAGUUUAUGAUCUAUCAAAACCACCCUACCUCAUAGUGCAUGUAAUGAUUUUAUGCUAGGUUAAAAAUGAAAAACAUGAGGAGAUUAAAAAUUCACUGGUCCAGAUUCCAAUUUUCUUUCAUGGAACCACAUUUGUGGAAGGGGGAAUAAAAACCUGUUAAGCCUCAUAUCUCUAUGCCUUGGUCUAACAAUGGAUUAUGGCUUAAAGUGAAUUGUCUGGUUAUCAAGGCAGCUAUAUCCUUUUCUCUUGCCACUCUUCCUCCCCCCCUCAAUUUCCUAAAUUAGGGCAGAUUAGGGCACAUCACUCGAUGCCACCUCUUGGACAAUGUGACUCAUCUGCAUGCAAAGUUUUAUUGAUAGAUAUGAUAAAGCCCCUUUGAGAUUGCCACUACACACAUGCAUGUAUUCAUUUGGGCAGGAAUUAAAGGACAUUUCUAUGUGAAUUUACCUUGGUAUGUUGCCAUGUCAAAAUAAAUGCCUACACUCUGUUUUUCAUAUAUUGAUAUAAAAAAUUCGUAUUACUGUGCUGUGAACAUUUCCAUUUAAACAAAAUGGUUGGUUUUAAAAACUAAAAUGUAUAUUAUAAUAAAAAUUAUGGCAAAUAAAUUUAAUC